ACGGUGUUUGUUCCCAGUCGUUAAAAUUGCUCGCGCAUAUCGUCGAACUUUUGUUGGUCUUCCCGGCUAUCCUGGUUAUCCGAGAUCUUUUUCGAUGCAAAAGUUGGGCAAUGACUUCAAAAAUCAAAAAGGAAUUUAAACACAAGGUUCUUAUCAUUGGAAGUGGUGUUAUUGGUCUGACCACUGCUUAUUUACUUCUGGAAAGAGGUUAUCAUGUGGUUAUCAUAGCAAAGGAUUUUCCUUCUAUUCGACGUUUACCCAAGAUUGCUUCAGAAGCCUCUGGAGCAUUUUGUGUUCCUCCUGAAGCUGUGGCUCAAGGUGUUGCAGAGGUACCACACAGUGACUCAAAAUCUGAGCAAAGAAUCUUGAAUGAAACUUUGAAGGAAUGGUCAGCAUAUGGGGGAGAAAGAUACACCUCACUUUGCAAAGAUUCAAGAAAUACAGGAGUGUACUUAAGAGAGUUGAUACUUCUUUCGCGAAAAACAAUUGACCCUAUUAUAUUGAAGCAGUACAAGCAAAUGAAAAGAUUUAGAAAUUCUAUGUCAUUGAUUAAAGAGAAAGGCUUGAGUGAUGAAAAUGGUCAGAUAAAAGAUGCCUUUUCUUUUCUUGUGCCAAUAAUUGAUCCACCAAAAUUUGGAGUAUGGCUUCUUGAAGAGUGCAAAAGGAAAGGGGCACACUUAAUCCAAGGUGCCAUUAGAGGACUACUGACAGAGCAGGCAGAUGCACUAAGAAUGACGUAUGGUGUUCAGUUUAUUGUGAACUGUUCAGGCUUAGGCUCAAUAGAGUUAGCUGGGGAUCAAGGAAUGUUUCCAGCAAGGGGGAUUCUCUUAAAGGUAAAAAACGAUGGCAGUUUAUUUCCUAAGAUUGAAUUUUGUGUGGAAGGGCAGCAUACCAGCUUUGGGUAUGAUGAAUCAGGACAAGAAAUUGUCGGUCGUCCAUAUCUUAUACCCAGAGGUGAAGAUUCACUGAUGUGUGGCUCAUUUUAUCAGCCAAACCGGUGGGACCACAGUGCAUCUAUUUCUGCUCCAUAUGUCCAAUCCAUGAUCAGACAAUGCAAGGAUCUUUGUCCAUGUCUGAAUUCACUGAGGGAUAGUGAUUUCCAGGUCACUGUCGGCAUUCGACCGGCAAGAAAACCUGGACUUAGACUAGAACAAGAUCCAAUAGAACCCUGUAUAUUUCAUAAUUAUGGCCAUUACAGGUGGGGAAUGACAUUAAACUGGGGAAGUGCCAGAGACAUUGUUUAUCUUAUUGAAAAUGAGGCAAAUAAGACCCAAAAUGCCAAAAGCAAAGGAAAAUCAGCUAUUGCAAAACUCUAGCUGGAGAGGUAGCCUGGAGAAAUCUUAACUUACAUGUAACUCUGGAAACAAAUUAUGUAUAAUGACACUAUUAUCAACCAAAACCUGCAUUAUAAAGCACAUGAGACAAUUAAAAUGAGCUGUUUUAACUGAGACCCAAAACCUGCACCAAUAUAUAGUGGACACUGCAAGAUAUUUCAUUGUAAAGUUUUCAUCUUUGAGGGAAACUGUUGAAGGAAAGUUAAAAUCUCAUUGUUAAAAAGAAAUUUUGAUGGCCUGUCGUAUUUUUGUUGAUCAGCCUUCACUAGGAUUUUUAGUCUAUCAUAUUUUUGUAAUAAUUAUGUGUUACAUAAUGUCCAGUGUGAAAACUAUUUUGAUAAGAGCCUUUCUUUUUAAAUAGCUAAUGAGACUUCAGCAGUAAGAAUUGUUUCAAUUUUGAAUUGAGAAGCCCCUAUUACUUGAAACAAAAAAAAUGGCAAAUGUAAGUUGGUUCACAGAUAAAUAUCCCUGCUCACUUUCUUUUGUACUCCCAGCCUGUAGCCAUUAUUUCCCAAUUGGUGUAAGUUUGCUUCUUGAAAGUAAAAAUCAUUAGAGUUUAGUUAUCAACUGAAUGUGUGAAGCAGGAAAAUAAAGUUAACACACUCUACCCCCAUUUUACCGUUGAUUCAAACAUGAAUUAAUAGCCUCAGUUUUUUAUUCUAUUUUGUUAACUGUUAACAGUAUUAUCAUUAUUGCCAUUUUUACUUUUAACGUAAAAGUUGUAGCUUUACUUCUUGGAGGGUUUUGUAGAAGUUUAUGGGUAUGACAAUAUUCUAUAAAGAUAAUUAUCUUUUUUUGCAGUCAUGGCAAAAAAUGACAAGUGGCCAAUUAUUUUUUAACAUUUUUUAUUAUUUAUUAUUAUUUGUCUUGCGCCUUUUCUAUAAAAUAUUCAAAAG